AGUUUUUAGUCAGAGGUGAAUUGAGUUCGUUCAUCAUAUAACCGAUCCAACUAGAACUAAAUUCUAACUACGGUAUUCACAACUUCUUCUUCUAAACCACGACUUCUAAGCAUAAACCCUAAAAAUUUAUUUUCAAAUCUUUUUGAAAAAUCAAUCAACCAAAUCAUCAUGGAACGAACUAAAGGAGAAAGAGUCAAAUCAACUUCACAAGAUAUUUCAAGGAUUCAUGUCAAAGCUUUUAUCGAAGGAGAACAAACCCAAGAUGCACUUAUAAAACGGAAGAUGGGAAUUAUUUUGAAUUUUGUAGAAUCCUCUGGAGCUGAAGAUGAGCCGAUAAGCUUUUCAAAAAAGGCUCGUUUAAUCUCGAUGCUCAAAAAUUAUGAUAACUCUCAAAAAUCACAUAUUUUUUCUGCUUCGGAGGAUGAUAUCCCUGUCAUUAAUUUGUUGAAGAAUAAAGGCAAAAACAAGAAAAAUGCAAGAAGUAACUAG